CGGAGAUGCUACACUCCCGCUGCCUCAGCCCCGGGGCCCCUCCACCCCGCGCAUGCUCCCACUCAGCCUGAGCCCGGGAGUCCACCUCCAUUCAGCCAGUGCGCAGGAUCACAACCCCCUCCGUAAGCCCCCUUCUCAAGACGCGUCCGUCGCGGUGUGUUGGCGUCAUCGCGCCACGCCACCAGUAGAGCCCGGGGAAGAUGGCGGCAGCCGUUCUUAGUGGGCCCUCAGCGGGCUCCCCGGCUGGGGUUCCCGGGGGAGCCGGGGGUCUCUCGGCGAUGAACUCGGGCCCACGUCUUCGUCUGCUGCUGCUGGAGAGCGUUUCCGGUUUGCUGCAGCCGCGAACGGGGUCUACCGUUGCUCCUGUGCAUCCCCCAGUCUGUUCUGUUCCACAUUUGCCCGGGCUCAUGUGCCUAUUGCGGUUGCAUGGGACGGUGGGCGGGGCCCAGAAUCUUUCAGCCCUUGGAGCAUUGGUGAGUCUCAGUAAUGCGCGUCUAGGUUCCAUCAAAACUCGGUUCGAGGGCCUGUGUCUGCUGUCCCUGCUGGUGGGGGAGAGCCCUACAGAGAUGUUCCAGCAGCACUGUGUGUCCUGGCUUCGUAGCAUUCAGCAGGUGUUGCAGUCCCAGGACCCUCCACCCACCAUGGAGUUGGCUGUGGCUGUCCUGAGGGACCUACUCCGGUAUACAGCCCAACUUCCUACACUGUUUCGGGACAUCUCCAUCAACCACCUUCCUGGACUUCUCACUUCCCUGCUGGGCCUUAGACCAGAGUGUGAGCAGUCAGCAUUAGAAGGAAUGAAGGCUUGUAUGACCUAUUUCCCUCGGGCUUGUGGUUCUCUCAAAGGCAAAUUGGCCUCGUUUUUCCUGUCUCGAGUGGAUGCCUUGAGCCCUCAGCUCCAGCAGCUGGCCUGUGAGUGUUAUUCCAGGCUGCCUUCCUUAGGGGCUGGCUUUUCCCAGGGCCUGAAGCACACUGAGAGCUGGGAGCAGGAGUUGCACAGCCUGCUGGCCUCACUGCACAGCCUGUUGGGGGCCCUCUAUGAAGGCGCAGAAACGGCUCCUGUUCAGAAUGAAGGCCCUGGAGUGGAGACACUGCUUUCCCCUUCAGAAGAUGGUGAUGCCCAUGUCCUCCUACGCCUUCGGCAGAGGUUUUCAGGACUGGCCCGCUGUCUGGGGCUUAUGCUCAGCUCUGAGUUUGGGGCUCCUGUUUCCGUGCCUGUGCAGGAAGUCCUGGAUCUCAUCUGCCGGACUCUCAGUGUCAGUGGCAAGAAUAUUAGCUUGCUUGGAGAUGGUCCCCUGAGGUUGCUAUUACUGCCGUCUAUCCACCUUGAAGCCUUGGACCUGCUCUCUGCACUCAUUCUUGCGUGUGGAGGCCGGCUCUUACGCUUUGGGGCUCUGAUCAGUCGCCUGCUCCCCCAGGUCCUCAAUGCCUGGAGCAUUGGUAGGGAUGCUCUCUCUCCUGGCCAAGAGAGGCCUUACAGCACUAUUCGGACCAAAGUAUAUGCUAUCUUAGAGCUGUGGGUGCAGGUUUGUGGGGCCUCAGCAGGGGUGCUUCAGGGAGGAGCCUCUGGAGAGGCCCUGCUCACUCAUCUACUCAGUGAUAUCUCCCCACCAUCUGAUGCCCUUAAGCUACGCAGCCCUCGGGGGAGCCCUGAUGGGGGUUUGCAAACUGGGAAGCCUAGUGCCCCCAAGAAGAUAAAGCUAGAUGUAGGGGAGGCUAUGGCCCCACCCAGCCACCGGAAAGGAGAGAACAAUGCCAACAGCGAUGUCUGUGCAGCUGCGCUGAGAGGCCUCAGCCGGACCAUCCUCAUGUGUGGGCCUCUCAUCAAGGAGGAGACUCACAGGAGACUGCAUGAUCUGAUUCUGCCUCUGGUCAUGGGUGUCCAGCAGGGUGAGGUCCUGGGCAGCUCUCCAUAUACCAGCUCCUGUUGCCGCCGUGAGCUCUACCGCCUGCUGCUGGCGCUAUUGCUGGCGCCUUCUCCUCGCUGCCCACCUCCUCUUGCCUGUGCCCUGCAAGCUUUCUCCCUUGGUCAGCGAGAGGACAGUCUUGAGGUCUCCUCUUUCUGUUCGGAAGCACUGGUGACCUGUGCUGCUCUGACUCACCCCCGAGUUCCUCCUCUACAGGCCAUGGGCCCCACCUGCCCCACACCUGCCCCUGUGCCCCCUCCUGAGGCCCCGUCUCCAUUCAGAGCUCCAUCUUUCCAGCCCCCAGGCCCUAUGCCUUCUGUAGGUCCCAUGCCCUCAGCAGGCCCAUUGACCUCUUCAGGCUCUAUGCCCUCAGUAGGCCCAAUGCCUUCCGCAGGCCCCAUGCCCUCAGCAGGCCCCAUACCCUCUGCAGGCCCUGUGCCCUCAGCACGUCCUGGACCUCCAGCCACAGCCAACCACUUAGGCCUCUCUGUCCCAGGCCUGGUAUCUGUACCCCCUCGGCUCCUUCCUGGCCCUGAGAACCAUCGUGCAGGCUCCAAUGAGGACCCUGUCCUUGCUCCUAGUGGGACUCCUCCACCCACCAUCCCACCAGAUGAAACUUUUGGGGGGAGAGUGCCCAGACCAGCCUUUGUCCACUAUGAUAAGGAGGAGGCAUCUGAUGUUGAGAUCUCCUUAGAAAGCGACUCUGAUGACAGUGUGGUGAUUGUGCCUGAGGGGCUUCCGCCCCUGCCACCCCCACCACCCUCGGGCACCACUCCUCCCCCUGUUGCCCCUACUGGGCCCCCAACAGCAUCCCCUCCUGUGCCAGCCAAGGAGGAGCCUGAAGAGCUUCCUGCAGCCCCCGGGCCUCUCCCUCCGCCCCCGCCCCCGCCCCCACCUGUACCUGGUCCUGUGACACUCCCGCCACCGCAGCUGGUCCCUGAGGGGACUCCUGGAGGGGGAGGACCCCCAGCUCUGGAAGAAGAUUUGACAGUUAUUAAUAUCAAUAGCAGUGAUGAAGAGGAGGAGGAAGAGGAAGAGGAGGAGGAAGAAGAAGAGGAGGAGGAGGAGGAGGAGGAGGAAGAAUUUGAGGAAGAAGAAGAGGAGGAAGAAGAGUAUUUUGAAGAGGAAGAAGAGGAGGAAGAAGAGUUUGAAGAAGAAUUUGAGGAGGAAGAAGGUGAAUUAGAGGAAGAAGAGGAGGAAGAGGAAGAGGAGGAGGAAGAAGAGUUGGAAGAGGUUGAAGACUUGGAGUUUGGGUCAGCAGGAGGGGAGGUAGAAGAAGGUGGACCCCCACCCCCAACCCUGCCCCCAGCUCUCCCUCCUCCAGAGUCUCCCAAAGAGCAGCCUGAGCCAGAACCAGAGCCUGGGCUGCUGCUGGAAGUGGAGGAACCAGGAUCAGAGGAGCAGCAUGGGACUGAGACAGCCCCUACCCUAGUCCCCGAGGUGCUCCCUUCUCAGGGCGAGGAAGAGAGGGAAGGGGGAAGCCCAGAGGCAGGGCCACCUCCUCAGGAGCUUGUUGAAGAAGAACCCUCUGCUCCUCCAACCCUGCUGGAAGAGGGGACUGAGGGUGGGGGUGACAACGUACCACCCCCACCAGAGACAGCUGCAGAAGAAGAGAUGGAGACAGAGUCAGAGGCUGCAGUUCUCCAGGAAAAGGAGCAGGAUGACACAGCUGCCAUGCUGGCUGACUUCAUCGAUUGCCCCCCUGAUGAUGAGAAGCCACCACCUACCACGGAACCUGACUCCUAGCUCUCUUCCACAUCCCAACACUUUGUUUCCAAUAAAGUUAUAUCCUUAGAUAUU